AUGCCAGGACCCGCCCAGAGCAUAGAGAACCAGGGGGAGGUCCAGGGGGUCCCCUUCCAUUCGCUAUCAACUUUAGUUGGGGCUCACCCAGCUGUAGAGAGAGACCCAGACUUGGGGACAUUUCUGAUGAAGAUGGAGUCAUUUAUCUUCUGGAGGGUUAUCUUCAUCUUCUCCACGCUUCCCUCUGUCCAGUGUGCAGAGAGUCAGCCCCAGAGAGCAGUGUUCCUGCCAGAGUUCGCCCUCUCACCUCAGGGCAGCUUCAUGGAGGAUGCUACGGAAGAUCAGCUUCUAACCUACAAGUAUGACGACCAGGCCUCCAGGACGACUCGCUCUGAUGAAGACAGGGAAAUGGGGUGGGAUGCCUGGGGCCCCUGGAGUGAGUGCUCCCGCACCUGUGGAGGAGGAGCCUCCUACUCCCUACGACGCUGUCUCAACGGAGGAAGCUGUGACGGCAAAAACAUCCGCUACAGAACGUGUAGCAACAAGGAUUGCCCAGCAGAGUCAGGUGAUUUCCGGGCCCAGCAGUGUUCAGCCCAUAACGACAUCAAGUACCAGGGUGUCACCUAUGAGUGGUUACCAUCGCCCUAUGACCCCUCAGCACCCUGUGCACUGCGCUGCCAGGCUAAAGGGAGGAGCCUCACUGUUGAACUGGCCCCAAAGGUGCUGGAUGGGACACGAUGCCGGGCCGACGCUCUAGACAUGUGCAUCAGUGGAGUGUGUCAGGAGGUGGGCUGUGAUCGACAGCUGGCCAGUGGUGCCAGGGAGGAUAACUGUGGCAUCUGUAGUGGGGAUGGCUCCACAUGCCGGCUGGUACGAGGACAGGCCCUACCCCGCCUUACUCCAGAACAACCUAUGAAGACAGUGCUGGAGAUGACAUCAGGAAGCCGCCUUCUCAGACUCAAUGCCAAAGGACCUGAUAUAAUAGUUAUCGAAGCCAUCUCUCUUAAGGGGAGAGUGGAGGAGGCCAGUCUGGUGUCUACAGGCUCCUAUGUGAUAGGAAACACCUCCGUGGACUUCCAGAGAGGGACGGACAGGCAGACACUCAGGACGCACGGCCCCCUCAAUGCUGAUUUCAUCAUCAAGAUGAGGUAUGGAGGCUCUAAGGACACAGUUGUCCAGUUUCUCUACUACCAGCCCAUCAGGUACCAGUGGAGAGAGACUGACUUCUUCCCCUGCUCGGUUACCUGUGGAGGAGGCUAUCAGCUGAACUCUGCAGAGUGCACAGACAUCCGAUCCAACCAGACUCUGCCCGAGCAUCAUUGUAACAGCUAUCCUGAAAACACCAAACCCACACCAAAACUCAAGGAGUGCAAUAUGGACCCCUGUCUGGAGAGUGAUGGAUUUAAAGAGGUGAUGCCAUAUGACCAUUUUCAACCUCUGCCUCGAUGGGAGCAGGGCCCCUGGACCCAGUGCUCAGUGUCCUGCGGUCCAGGUGGUGGCUGGCAGGUUCGCAGCGUGCUGUGCGUGGAGGAGGACACGCAGGGACAGUUCUCCCAGGUGGAGGAGUGGAAGUGCACCCACUCCCCUCAACCCACCACCCGACAGAUAUGCAACACCUUUGCCUGCCCCCAGUGGGUGACCAUGGAGUGGUCUCAGUGCACAGUGACGUGUGGCCGUGGCCUGCGUUACCGGGUGGUUCUGUGCAUCGACCCGGGGCAGCACAUUGGAGGCUGUGAAGCAUCACUCAAACCUCACGUUAAAGAAGACUGUCUGGUUCCUAUCGCCUGCCACAAGCCUCGAGAACCUCUGCCAGUGGAGGCCAAGGUGCCCUGGUUAAAACAAUCCCACGAACUGGAAGAACAGCGCACUGCUACCGAGGACCCCACAUAUGUACCUGGGCCCUGGUCAGCCUGCAGCACCACCUGUGGGCCUGGCAGGCAAAAUCGGGAGGUGAAGUGCCAGGUGCUACUCUCAUUCACCAAGACGCAGGUGGACCUUCCAGAGGAGGAGUGUGGUGAAGAGAGACCACAGCUGCAGAGGCCUUGCACCCAUGGGCCAUGUACAAAUGUUCCAGGUAUCUCUGCAGGCCUCCAGGAACAUUCGGCCCUUAACAUACAGACAAAGGAACUGUACAGCUGGGACUACAGGGGCUUCACUGUUUGCUCAGCCACAUGUGCUGCUGGGAAGCAGACAGCAGUUGUGAGGUGUGUGAACAGGAAGCAGGGUGAGGAAGUGGAGGACUCUCUGUGUGAUUCAUCCAGCAGGCCCCCAGUAAUGAUCCGCAUCUGUUACCCUGAGCCAUGCCCCCCGAGAUGGGAGGUGACAGCAUGGACCGGCUGCUCUGCGUCCUGCGGCGUCGGCAUACAAACCAGGAGUGUGUUCUGCAUGCGUCUGUUGUCCUUUGAUCAGCAGGAUACUGUGACUGUGUCAGAGGACGAGUGCAGGGAAUUCAAACCUGCCAUCCUGCAACCCUGCAACCAGGUUGACUGUCCUCCAGCCUGGGAGACCGAGCCUUGGCAACAGUGCUCCCAGUCCUGUGGUGGGGGUGUCCAAGUGCGGAAGGUCUACUGUAAGCAGCUCCUGUCCACAGGAGCCCGUAGAAGACUUGGAGACAGGGCUUGCUCCGGGGGCAAACCUGCCACGAACAAAGGCUGCAGCAAUAUUGACUGUCUGCCCCAUUUGUCAGGAGGAGAUUGGGGAAAGUGCUCGGUGUCCUGUGGUUUGGGGAUCCAGCGUAGGGAGCCACUGUGUCGCCAGCUGACCGCCACGGGCCACCAGGAGGCGCUGCACAGGGAGCUGUGCUCAGGGUUGACCUCUCCACCACUCGUACGGACCUGCCGAAUGAUGGCCUGUCCCAAAGAAGAGAUGAGACCCAAAGAAAACCAGAAGGUUCUGGUGAAGAACCAAGUAAGGCAGACAGUGAGACGUCCACCAAAGACCAGAGGCUAUGAGGAGGGGGUUAAACAGUGUCCAGUGCUCAUGGGUAUUCACAAAAUCUACAUCCAAACCCGGAAGGAGAAGCGCCUCCACCUGACCGUUGGUGGCCACGCUUACCUCCUACCCAACACCUCCCUAGUCAUCAAAUGCCCCGUCAGGAGGUUCCCCAAAGAGUACAUCCGCUGGCUGAAAGACGGACGCCUCCUCUCCAGCUCCAAACAUCUGGCCGUCACCAAAUUUGGCUCUCUGAAGAUCCAAUUUCUGAAUGCAGAUGAUAUCGGGGUGUACAAGUGUGUCGCUGGACCAGCCUCGGACAUCUUCACCCUCCAGCUCAUAGGUGCUGACAGCAAACCAACUGGCAGACUGGCUACAGCCAGUCCCCCCAAAUGGGAGGACAUGCUGCCUAGUUGCCAUAGGCACCCCUCAGGCAUCGAGCUGAUGUGGCUUGGAGUUAGUGUGUCUCUGCUGCCCCCUGGUGGCCAAGAGGCAUUGCUGCAGCCACAGGUGGAGGAGAGGCUGAUUAAUAUCACCCUGAAGGCUGAUAGAGGAGAGAUGCAACAGGAGGAGGCUUCACAACUCAUCUCCUCACUGCUGAGCCACAUGUCUGCUGCCCAGCUCUGGACCAGGACUACAGGGGGUGGAGGACAAGCUAAAGACAGACUGCCCAACUGGUCAGAACGAUCGUCAAUGGAAUCAAAUGCGAAAAGACCAGUAAUAAUCAGACAGCAGCACACCCAUCCACUGGCUUUUCAGAAGAACAUCAACAUCAGCAUUGGACAGAGCACCCUCCUCACCAAUACUACCCGAUCACUGACCAUACGCUGUCCUGCAGAGGGCUUCCCUCCUCCCAAAAUCAGCUGGACCAAAGAUGGAGCUCUGCUGCGGCACACUGACAGGGUAUCCUGGGAUAGCUCCGGAGGACUCCACAUCCUUCAGCCCAGAGUGUCUGACAGAGGCCAGUACAAGUGCACAGCCACCAACACACACGGCUCAUACUCAGAGACAUCUCAGCUACUGGUGGCAGAGCCACCAGCCAUCGCAGUGUCAUGGAGGAAUGUUUCAGACCAUGGGGUGGUGUUAGGCCACAGCUUGAGGUCCACGGUUGGAGGACGUAUCAGAGUUCGCCCAGGCGCCAACCUCACUCUGGAUUGCCCUGUAACUGGCAUUCCUCCACCCACAGUGACCUGGAACAAAAAGAAUGGACCAUUAGGAGCCAUUGCUGUCUCACUGCCCUCUGGCUCACUGUGGAUCAGAAAUGUUUCUCUGCACAACCAAGGCAUCUACUUAUGCACAGCUACUAACGCCAUCGGAAAGUCCACUGCUUCUACCGUCCUGCUGGUCUAUGGUCAAAGCCCUGCUGGGGGAAGUAAGGUAGUUCCAGUCUCACAAGAGCUGAACAGGAGAAGGGUCCUCAUGGCAUCAAACCGUGGGACGAGUGUCUUUAUCAAGCCUGGAGACAUUCUACGUAUAGGGUGUCCAGUCCUCGCUGACCACAAACUGCCAGUGCUGUGGGACUACAACAACCUGACCCUGAAGGAGGUUUCAACUCCAGAACAGACUCAGGGUCCUGGUCAGGGUCAAGGUCUGCAGCACAGGAUGCUGGUUGGAGGCCGUGUCCUUGAGGUCAAUACACUCCAGGUUAAGUUCUCGGGCCGGUACCGAUGCCAGACCCUUAUCAACAGUACCAGACAAAUGCUGUCUGCCUGGAUGGACGUUCACAUUGAAGAGUUCAGCUGGCGUUUUGGAGAAUGGACCACAUGCAGUGCUUCUUGUGGGAAUAGAGGAACUUGGCUGCGGAGGAUUGACUGUGUCAAUCUGGAUGGAAAGGCUGUUCAGACCACCAUGUGUCAGCACAUACCAAAACCAAUCACUACUCCAGUCACCUGCAACAGACAGGACUGCCCCCCCAGAUGGUUGGUGUCAGAGUGGUCCAAGUGUUCGGCCUCAUGUGGAGGAGGCUGGAAGAGGAGGCAGGUGUCCUGUCAGCAGCUGGAUGCCAAAGGUACCGUGAGGACGCUGACAGCAGCUGCCUGUGAGAGGACGAGCCGGCCCGCAGACUCAGAGCAGUGCACCGCCAAUAACUGUCCCACCUGGGUAACCAGUGCCUGGGGGAAGUGCUCGGGGAGGUGUUUAGGCCACGUUGCCACCGUUCAGAAGAGAUCUGUCAUCUGCCAACAUGCCAACGGCUCCUCGUACACAGACUGUGAUCUCAGAGACAGGCCUGUGUCGGUACGCAACUGUUCCUCUGACCUGUGUGAUGUCCAGUGGCGUCCUGGUGCGUGGCGGGCAUGCACUGUAGUCUGUGGGAGUGGCUUUCAGUCCCGCAGGGUGGACUGUGUUCACCGCAGGAGUGGCAGGACUCUGGCCGACCAGCACUGUGCCUGGAUCCAGCAGCCGGCCACCUGGCAGAACUGCAACACCACCAGCUGUGGGAGUGAAUGCAAGGACACCACCCAGUACUGCAAUGUGGUGAAGAGACUGAAGCUGUGUUACAUGGAUCUGUACAAACAGAGAUGCUGUGGGUCCUGUUCACAAGAUCCGGACUCCACCUAGUGGCAGUGAGCAGUCAUAACCACUCUACAUCUUGUAAAACAGAUGGACUACAUGAGACGGGUGACUGUGCAAAUACUGAAAGUACGUUAUCGGUGAAAGGAUGCACAUCAUCUAUGAAAGAACUGCACAUAUAUAAACUGGACAAACUUCAGUCCAUUUUUUUUUCAUUUCUUAAAAGUAACCUGAACAGAAGCUCAAAAGCUUGGGAAGUUAAGUGGGGUUUACUUUCCCGAUUUGGACCCAACCUCCUUAUAUGAGGACAAGUGUUCCCUGUGUGGAUCAAAUGGAGUUUUCUGGACUCUCCUGACAUUUAAUUUACAGUGGCAUUUAUUGAUUAUAUUCUUUGAUUAUAUGGUUUGACGGUAUUGUCCUUUAUUAGUUAUGAGUCAUCAGCCAAUCAUGUCAUCCGCUCCUGAUAUAAUUGAGGUUCUUUAAAUCAGCAGCUUCAUGAAAACAGCCUAGAAUUGUUGCAGUCAUACACACAUACUUUUUCUUUCUUUAUUUGUUAAAUUCUUGUUUUUUUGUUUUUGUAAAGUUAGUCAUAUGAAAUAUAAAAGCUUAUUACAACUUUGAUCAAAUUUUCAUAACUUUGACCGUUAUUUCUACUCACCAAUUUGCUGAGAUCUGGCAACAAUGUAUAAUUGCUACAUGAUUUGUAAGAGAGCUUGUAAACAGGCUGUACUGUCCAAAUCACUUUAUUUGGAGGUAAAAACUGAAAGGGACUGCACCCAUAAUGAAUGAAUAAUAUUAUUUGAUAUUGGUUAUUAGGAUAACAAUGACCAAAUAAGACCCAAGUCAUAUUAAAUUGAAACUACAAUUUAAUAUAUUCCUGACUAUCCCUUCCAUUAAAUCGGUUCAGUAUGUCACGUCGCUUUAAGGAGCUGCUAACCUGAAGAUAACUUCUGUGGGUUUCAAUGUGUUUAAGUGUCGUGUGAUGCAGUUUUGAAGGCUUUUACAUCCUGAUAAGUUUAAAUGUUUGGUAGACACACUGAAUUAUUGUUCUUCUUUGACAAGAACAUUUUCUAAUUGAAAGAUAUUGACCCAAAAACAUCACCAAAAAAACACUAUUGGUGAGUUCAGUCCAGAAUGUCAUGUCGGUCUUUUAAACCCAACACUUGUUAAACAAACCUUUAUCACCAGAUGGGAUGUUGAUACUGGACAAUUCAGCAAAACCCUGGCUUAUGUUCAGUGCAAACUCUUUUGAAAGGAUCUAUUUCUACUCUAAUCUGUGUUGCAAUUACAGGAUGCUGUGGAUGGGGCAAGAUAGCGGUUAUGGAAAAUAAGCUAUGGUUAAAGGAUAGGCAACUCUUAGAAAAAUCAGUCAACACACCGAGUAGAACCCCAUUCAGCCAGGAGGAGCCCCAAACCAAAAGAAAACAGGGUAGUAGACAAGUGAGAUUAGAGAAAAAGAAUCCAGAAGACAGUGGGACAUCUAAGGCUAACCUGACUGGGGUUGGGCAUCCUAGCUGACAUGGUUGGAGUAUUGGCGAAGAGGUGGUUGAGGGAUUAAAAACCAGGGCCAGAAAAAGAGGCCAAGAUCUGGAUGACUGUGACUCAGUGGAGAGCAGGGUCGUCCUCCAAUCAGAGGAUUGGCGGUUCGAUCAGUCCAUGUCGAUGUGUCCUUGGGCAAGACACUUAAUUCAAAAUUGCUCCCACAGGCUGUUCCUGCGGUGUAUAAAUGUGUAUGAAUGUUAAUUAGUUGGGCAGGUGGCACCUUAGUAGCCCCUCCCAUCAGUGUAUGAAUGGGUGUGAAUGGGUGAAUGAUGACAUGUAGUGUCAAACGGCUUUGAGAGGUCAGAAGACUAGAAAAGAGCUAUACAAGUAGAGUCCAUUUACCAUUUAAAGAGUCAAGGCUGAUUAAGAUUAGAAUGAACUGGUAGUCAAGGAGAUAAAAGGUGAACAAAGGUGGGAUUAGCCAUUGAGACGAGGAUGGUAAGGAUAUGGGUAACCGUUGGUUAGUGUUAGUGUCACAAACUUCAAUCUUCUGCAGGAACGUCAGAUGUGCUCCACACCCAUCGACCACUCCAGCCUCCACAACCUUACUUUACUACAAUAAAGGACAGAAUGCUUCUUGCAUUUGCACUGAAUAGUGGCACAAAUCAUGUACUGCAGAAUCAUCCAGUAUGAACAUAAAUUCCUGGGGUCAAAAUCCUUAAAGACCAUUCACUUGUGUGAAGGUGCUGGGCUGCGCUUGUGGUCAACUGUCACUGAUGAGAAAAGAGCAGCUGCUGUUGGUGAAGCUUCAGUUGUGAAAACAUGAAUUCAUAUUUACAUAACCAUCAACGCCACUGUUACCCAUGACAACACCGAAGCUUUUCUGAAAUAAUCACGGUACUACACGUGAAGAACAGAAGUAAAACAGACUCUACAGUCAUUACCGCAACACUGAUUUUUGACUCACGGAUCUAUUUGUGUUAUCUUUUUGGGGUUUAUCAUACCAAUGUGCUGCAUUGUAAAAUGUCUUGUAUAUACUGUGUUCAAAGUGCAAUAUCCUAUAUUGAGUGUAUGUAGAUUGUGUGCGACUUUUAUUUUCUUACUUAUUCAUGGUUAAGGUGUCUUUUUAACUCCUGGUGAAGAGCUUAAAGCAUAAAGCACGAGCACAUGUUGAUUUGGUGGUAUGUUUGCUACCAUUCACCUGGUUUUAUUUGCAUGUGUAUAAGCGAUAUCUCUGAUGUUUUAUAACUCGGUUAUGAAAUUCCACACGGUAACAUGCAUUCUUUAUUGUUCCCUCCUGGCUACUGAUGGCUAUACAGUGUAUCUGAUGUGGUAACAUAAUGCUGCGUUUGGAUUUGUGGCUGUACUGAGGGAAUAUGAUGUAGAACAACAAAUUAUUUAAGUGCUUUGGAUAACAUGGCAAAGGAAUAAAGACAGUUUGAUCACUUCAUAAA